AUGGCCGUAGCGCUGGGCAUCAAUUUGACAAGCGAUCUAGAAUUCUGGAAUCCACUCCACACCCAUGUCAUUGUGGGAUCAGUUGCAACAGGAAUAAUCCUGUUCAUUCAGCCUGCGCUGGGUAUUGUACAGCACCAUUACUUUGGAAGAGCUAGGGCUGGAUAUGUCAAUAGCCGCAUUUUUGGCGUUAUGCAUAGAUGGCUAGGGAGGGUAGCUGUAGUUUUGGGCAUGGCGAAUUCUGGCCUCGGAUUCCAGCUGGUUGGUGGCGAGGAAAAUGUACCUAAAGGAUCUCUGGUGUGGAACUUUGUUCUUAUGGGCGUCUUCAUAUUGUUAUGGUUUUCGGCUGUCCUGAUAGAUUUCCUUGGACGGCGGAGGGAGAGGCCGGUGCAAACGGAGCGGGAAAUAGCGGAAGCGAUAUCUACCACAGCUGGGGAAAGAGGCGGUAUCAGGAAUACAACCUUUCAAAUCCCUAAUAAUAGGCCUCCCCAAUAA